CAAAAGGGAUCUUGGUGAUAAAUUAUUUUGCUACGGGAAACGUUUUAUUAAAUUUUAACAAACCAUUGCUGUCAAGAUGUGAUGAAUUUAGAUAACAGCAAUCGGUAUAAUAUUCGACAUACUUUUAGGGGAAACUAUUGUGAUGAUUACUUUGGAAUAUUUGAGGGUUAAUUUCCUCAAAUUGUUUCGGGCUGUGCCCAAUGAGAGAUUUACCUGCGUACACGGCUGUUUACACCGAAGCCCCAUCGAAAAUUGGUGAAAUCAAUCUGGAUAAAAUGCCUAAAAAACUAAGAAAAUGGGAAGUGUUCCCAGGAAAAAAUCGGUUUCACUGCAAUGGAAGAAUCAUGAUGGCCAGACAAACUGGAAUAUUUUAUUUGACUUGCGUUCUAAUUGUCGUAACAAGUGGACUCUUCUUUGCAUUUGACUGUUUUUAUUUAGCUGUUCACGUGACACCAGCAAUUCCUGCUAUUGGUGCAGUGAUUUUCAUAUUUGUGAUGGCGACACUGUUUAGAACCAGUUUCAGUGACCCCGGAGUAAUUCCCAGAGCUACGCCAGAUGAGGCAGCUGAAAUAGAAAGACAAAUGGAAAUACCUAAUGCUGGUUCCCCCGGGACGUAUCGUCCGCCACCCCGGACGCGUGAGGUCGUCGUCAAGGGUCAAGUUGUCAAACUCAAGUACUGUUUUACAUGUAAAAUAUUCCGACCUCCGCGGGCGUCACACUGCAGCCUGUGUGAUAACUGUGUCGAGCGCUUUGACCAUCACUGUCCGUGGGUGGGCAACUGUGUGGGCAGGAGGAACUACAGAUAUUUCUAUCUCUUCAUCCUUUCAUUAUCAGUUCUCUGCAUUUACAUAUUCGCCUGUGUCCUCACUCAUCUUAUAUUACGUGCCCAGCAAGACAACUUCCUAAAUGCUAUGAAGGACUCGCCUGCCAGUGUUUUAGAACUAGUUAUAUGCUUCUUUUCCGUGUGGUCGCUAAUCGGUCUUGCUGGCUUCCAUUCCUAUCUGGUCUCAUCUGAACAAACAACCAAUGAAGAUAUAAAAGGAUCUUUUACAUCAAAACGGGGCCAAGAGAGUUUUAACCCGUACAGUCGAGGCUCUAUUUUCAAGAACUGCAUGACUGUGCUUUGUGGACCUACGCCACCCAGUUUGUUGGACCGGCGUGGUUUUGUUAUUCCAGACAGUUCACAAGUGAGUACAGUGGAUGGGGACCUGCCGAUCAAAGAGAGUAACUCGGUGAAUGUGAGACACGAGUACUAUGGGUCGACCACGGUCACACAGCAGAAGACAUCGGACAUGGGGACGAACACAAACUGUGAUCAGGUGAUGAUUCCUGUCGACACUGUCAACAAUAGCAAUGUCACGAAGCAUGACAUGAUCAGCUACCAGGGUCCCGACGGUGUCAUGAACAAACUUCCACCAAGCAACGGUGUUGGACCACCAACUUGUGCAGGACGAAAGAACCAUAUUUGGGACAUGACUUUAAAUCAGCUAAACUACUCGGGGCGAUAUGGAGUACUUCCAACGACGGCUAUCAAAGUCCAGUCGUCCUAUACCACCGAUGACCUGAAGAGUGUUGUGACUCACUCCACCGACAGCGAACAAAAGAUUGUGUCCCGUGGUGUGAGCACAGACUUCUAGAUCACGCUGAAGUGUUAACCACGUGGGUUUGGUGAUCACUGAAUGAAUCUUCAUUCACGUGAUGCUAACCAGGGAUGUUUGGCAUAAUUCUAGACGGUAUAUUCGCAUGACCAUGUGUACGAUAUGACAAGGACAACAUGUGGGCAUGAUCAUGUGACACACAAGACAAUCUGCAAACUCAGUGAUUUUAACUAUGUGUAUCAGUACGCGAAAAUGUUGGCUUGCGAUCUGUGAACUGUUACUGUCUGUAACUAAUAGUAUGUGUAAUAUAGGCUUUAUCGAGGUCAUUGUUGUCCAGCGAAAGACAAGGCUAACAAAUAGCAAACGUUAGCUAUUACGUAUGUAUACAUGUUCUGUCAUACAGAUAUUGUCUGUUUAAUGGCAGGUUGUAAUUUAUUCUACUUUGAUUAGUCGAAUCAUAAUGUGAUAAUCGUACUCUGGUGUAACUGUCAGUAUAAUCAUCUGUCAUUAGUUAUUUAUUGCUGCUUGAUGUUAAACAGUGUGUAGAGGAAAAAGAAACGGUUAAAUUUGUGUUAACAUUAUCAACAUAUUACCGUUAGCUUUCAUAAUAGAAUGAUGAUAUUAUUUGGUCAUAAUAACAAGCAGAUUUAAUUGUAGGAUAAUAUAUUAUGAUGCUAGACCCGUCAGAACAGUCGAUGUGAUCAUCAUUUUUGAAAGUCAGACGCUGUUUGAGAAAAGUAGGUGGCUGUGUCUACCGAGUGCAUUGAAGUGUAAAAUGUUUUUUGCAUGGAAAGUAGACAUCUAUAUUUGCUGAACACACUGAGGUGUAUAAUUGUAAGCUUGAAUAGUAGGCUGCAGUGAAGACAGAAGUAGCCACCGAAAAUGGCCGCCUACCACUUACUAAUGAACAUCAACAGAAUCGGAUGAACAGUGCAAGGUCAGUAGCAGAAGAUAAUGAGAUGACUUUCCACAUUUUGACUUGAUCUCUGACAGUAGCGCAGGUCACAAAAUCCGGCCAGUCUUUUCUCAUUUAGUAACAGACUUGGAUCUCUCUUAUACAGAAACAAAACGAAGGUCAUUUACAAGUAGAUGUCUUCAGACUCUUUUUUUUUUUUUUUUUGCUUGCAACUAAAAUGACAUUUUUACUUGAUCUCUGACAGUAGCGCAGGUCACAAAAUCCGGCCAGUCUUUUCUCAUUUAGUAACAGACUUGGAUCUCUCUUAUACAGAAACAAAACGAAGGUCAUUUACAAGUAGAUGUCUUCAGACUCUUUUUUUUUUUUUUUUUUGCUUGCAACUAAAAUGACUAAAUGUUUCUGUGUGCCUAAAUAUUACUAUCCUUUAUUGUGAAUACGCAUGUCACCACUCUUACCCUUCCUUCCCUACCAUCCUUUCCUUCUUCCCCUCUACCCCUGUAUUAAUCCUCUGAUGAACUAGCCAUUUGAACUUUGCUGUAGAUUACUAAACUUACAUGUACUACUCAGCCUAGUAGUAGUACUAGUGUAUAAAUAAAAAAUUUGACCAUUUUGGUUCCCAACAUAUAGAAAAUUAUUGUCAGUAAUUAUUAUAAUCUGUGGACACUGGGAAAUGUUUCUGUAGGAAUUUUUUGUUUUGUUAAUGCCUGGAAGCCAUGCCUGAAGUAACUGAUAAGGUAUUCAGACAAAACUCUGGGUGACUAUCGCAUGGUUUGAAAUAAUGCAACUGAAUGUUUUGAAUGUUUAUUGUGUCCAUUGCACACUUCCUUUUCCUUGUUUUUGUUGCCAAGUUACAAUUUAUUGAAAUCAAAUUUUGUCUUCAAAUAUGCAUUUUAAUACAUCUGGGACACAAGAAUUGUGAUGUUAUGACCAACCGUUUAAUACCUCAUACCAGGCUUUUGAUGACCUUCAGAAUGCUCUGUAGGUUUUUAUCAUUGUUCCACUCACUGUACAUUUCAUCUACAGACAAUUCGUCCAUAUACAGUUUGUCUAUCCACAUCGUAUAUUUUGUCCACUUAAUUACUGUAGAUAUUUUUCCCAAGGAUAUAAACAUUUGUUUUAACAUUAAAGCUGUUGAUAUGUGGAAUACCACAUUAAACCAAAUAAAACUACUAUUAAAAAUGGUCAUGUGUCCAUUAUUGUAUAUUUCGUUUACUUGGGCUCACACAUUAGUUUCAUAGAUAUAAUCUAACUGAAUUGUCCAAAGGUGAUUUUUAGGAUUGGACAAAUAUUUGGUGGAUGAAAUGUACAGUGGAUGAAUCAUUCUUAGCACAGGCAUGACUGUUGGGCAUUAACAAAAAAUACCUGCAUAAGACAUUUACAAGAUUAUUUCAAGUAGAAUUUUAUGUUACACUGAAGUUAAAACAAUGUCUGAGGUAAAUGUUUUCUAUUUGACAUUCCAGCUGUUGUUAAUGUGAAUUUUUGUGGACUGUCUGAUAGCUAGUUUCCAGAUUUAUAAUUUUUACCGUUAUCAUCAGUCUAAAGUGGACUUUCCACUAAGAUCAUCAUCUGUUUAAUGCAUGCUCAUCUCAUGUUAAUGAUAUAGUCAGUAGAUAAAUGCUUUUGUCACAGCUUUCAAGUUUUGUGAAGUGAGUAAUUUCCAUAAUGUUAGGGGCAAAAUCUUCAAACAUGGUAGGCUAUUACUCCUGGAGUCCAUACCAUAAUUAGGUAACAGUAACCUAUAUUUUCACGAUCCACUCAACAUUCUACCUGUAUACAGCAACAGCAUCAAACCUAUGGAUAUUUCAUUUAAUAAAAGUUAUUUUCAUAAACUAUUUUAUCCGUUCACCAGUGUUCAGGCAAAAACGUGCGUGUAUCAUGUGCUUGGAUGCUGGUUGUUCUAGAACUUUACAGUUUUCACAGCUGGGUCAUUUAAUAUCUAUUCACACACACCCUCCAAAUACAAAACAUCUGACAUUAUGUUCAGUUAUUGCUUGUAUUGCAACCAUAUGCAGACUCCCACUCAAAAGUAAUGUCUGCUGUUUACCAAACAGCAACAUUUACACCAUAAAAGCUACAUUGGUUGAUUCAUGGAAUGAUAAUCUUUCUAUCAAUGCCGCUUAAUGUCUCCCAUGGAACAAUGUUUAAGGCACAUUUACAGAAAACUUGUGGAACUUUGUUUCAUUAAGCAUGUUACUAAGCUCUGCCACACUUGUCACUAGUUCAUAUUGUGGUCACUAGUUUGUAGCCGAUGAUUAAUUAAUGUGCUCUAGUGGUGGUGUUAAACAAAACAAACUGUUUUCAUGAUAUUAAUGUAAAAUGGUGACCCUUUAAUUUAAAUGCAGCAUACAUUGUAUUCAUUACAGUGGAUAUCUGCUUUGAAAUUUAACACCCUUGGUAUAUCAUUAUCAGUGUUUUUCGGUACUGUAAGUAUUGUAUAUCAAGAAUAAAAAUGUAUUAUAUACGAGCCUCUGGUGAGCAUAAUACAUUAUUUUUAUUCCUGAUGUAUCAUGUACAUUUGUGUUCCUUAUUCCAAGCAAUCCUAUGUUAUCUAAUUCCAGAAAUUGUUUUCCUUUCAUCAAACACUUUAUUCAGAACUCAUAUGUUACUAGUUGAAGGCUUGUCAUGUUGGCUGCAAAUCUGAGCUCUGUCAUAAGGGAGGUAACUGAUUAUGGUUGAUUUGAUGUGGACUGACCCUGCUGUAGUAACAUGUCUUUGUAUAUCAUAGAAUAUCUAUUUAUAAAGUAUUGCUAUUACAAAUUAAUGUGAAGUGAAAACAUGCUGCUGGUUAUGUCUCUAACAUAAAGACUGGCCCUAUAGCAUCAUUGUUUAUGAACUUCAUUUACUUUUUCCGUUUGAUUUGUGACACUCCACAGAAUACACAGUGAAACCCAACCUUCAAAGACAGCUAUCGUCUAACCUGAAUACUAACCUGAGUAAUGCUAUGUUUGAUGACAUCCACAUAUAGUUCAAGUACAGCUUUUCUGGACACAAACUGAACUAACCGGAGCCUUAUCCAGAAUAUAUGUCAGUAUUGUCAUUUAAUUAAUGUUUAUCUUGUAUAUGGAAAAUGGGGCCACUUUAAUCUAUUUUAGACAUAUAUAUUUGAAAUUGCAUUUUAGUAAUGUUAUUUAUCAUUUAACAUGUUUAUAGUACUCAAGUAAAAGAAAUGCUGUAUUGAAUCAAGUCCUCAGGGACCUAUAUUUUAAAUGUCUUUGUAAGUUGGACAUUCAGCAAUAGUUCUGUGUUUAAUUUAUUAAUGUUGAGGAAUUUUCUCACGUCUGACUAAAUGUAAUAAUCUGUAUAGUUUGACAUUCUGCUGUAUGAUUAUCAGGUUAUAUUUAAAUUUGGAUAGACCAUCGAUAGGAGUUUUCAGUUUGCAUUUGUGCUAGUCUUGGUUGAAUAGCCACAAACAAUAUUGAUGCUUUGUCACCAUAAUGGGGGAGAAGGGGAGGGAUGAUUUUCGUGAGAGUGAUUCUUGUGAAUUAAAAUUUAUAUACAACACCUAUAUGUAUCUACUUGCUGAUGCCAGUCAUAGGCAAGGAAUUCUCUCGCAGACAUUGAAAUACACACUUGAGUGUACAAAUAACCACAUGUGCCAUAUUCUUGUACCAAAUGUAUCAGAGUGUAGUUGUGUCGAUGCUUUAAGGAGUAGUCUUAGGCAGCGAUCGUCUAUCUCACCAUAAGGCUGAGGUAUUGUGUUAAAUGUGAUCUCGGCUCAGCUAUAAUCAAAUUCUUGUUUCAUCCUUUAAUAGAUUAUGACAAACAUGUCAAGCGCUUGAAUAUAAUUAUAUAUAUUCUCUCCACAUUGAAAUUUAUAAGUGUUGUAAAAUUAUACUUUCUUUCUUUUAUGGGGAACAUUAUUGAAAAUGUUUUUAGGAGAUAAAGCAUACAAUCUGAUUUGUUGUCAGUAUCUUACAAUCAGGGGCUAACUGCAUUUUGUGAAGGGGAGGGGAUAUGAUAUGUCUGAAAAUUUCAUUAAAAUAUGAACAAAGGACUGUUGGUAGGAUGUAGUUUUCAUUCAAUGGAGUCUUCUAAAUCCUCCUCUCACUAUUGAAAUACUUUAAUGAUAUCUUGCAAUAUAAUUUUUGUGUGUAUUUGACAAAACACUAGUAAUAAUCAUGACCAAAUAUGAACAAUGCUGUUGUCAAAGUAGCAUCAGACUACUACAUACAGACUGUUGGGUUUCACACCAGAAUGAAAAGCAACAACAUCUUGGGUGUGUUACAGGCAUUAGUAAUGUUCAUUUAUCAAGUACUGCUUUAAUGAGCUUUAUUCGUGUAAUAGUUUAAUAAAUACUUGUAUCUUAUAUCAUAUUCAUAUUAAUAUUUAAUAAACAUCUGUAUGUUAUAUGUAAUAUUUAACAACUACAUGUGUUAUAUUUGUUCAUGCACCUGUGCUGUCUUAAAUAAGUACUUCGUUUCGUAAGUAUGCUAUCUUCAUGGUGCUUAUCUCUGUUGUUUUGUCAACUAGCUACAUAAUAUAGAACAUUUAUUUGUACAGGACAAAGAUUUUUUGUGGGGUUUUAGAUUAUAUAUUGUGAUUCCUUAUGAUCAUGUAUGAUUUAUUUGUCAGCGUUAAUCGUAUCUGACUAGCUAACAUCACAUUUAGGAUGAAAGGAAUAGGAUAUUGAAGAAGAUGGCACUGAAAUUGUUUUUAAUAUCGGACAUCAUCAUUGGUGGUGUUGAGAAUAUUUUGUGAAAAUAAAUUAUUGGCGUUUUAAUAAAUAAAUAUAAAUGGUUAACACUAAAUCAGAUGGAAUUGUUAGUUGUGGUUUUGUGUUGUACGAUGUGUACUACAAAAAUCUAUCAUGUUUGGCUGUAAGCUUUGCUUCUUGCACAUUUUACAGUAAUGGUUUGAUAACUGCCAGUUAACGGUUACACCAGUAUUUUCUUUUGUUCUUCACACUAUUACUUUUGCUCCAGUGUAUGUAAUAAUGUGAUAUUUUAUGAUUAAGAACAUUUUAAUUUUUUAAUGUUUCUGUUUUUAGAAAGAAGCUGGAUUCAAAACGUGGACGAUUUAGUUGACUGUAUGGGUGUAUUAAAUACAUUGUAUUUUUACAGCUUUUGUGAAUAAAAUUCUUGAUUUCAUUUUA